AUGGCGGACUUGACCAUGAUUGCGUCAGCGUCCUAUACGUUUUUGUCGUUUUUCAACGAGGACGAAGACGAUACUGUAGAAACAGUAUCGGCGGUUUGUACAAAAAGAAACGAACGUACCCGAAUUCCUUUUUAUGCAGAGACUAUUGUCAAAUAUUAUGAAGAACAGGAGUUUCAUUCACAUUUCAGAAUGACCAGGAGUUGUUUUGAAAUCUUAAUAGAUCUUAUUCAUGGCCCUGGUAAAGUACCUGUCUAUCAUGAGCAGGGCCGUAAGCCCAUAUCUAUUGAAAAGCAAGUUUUGAUAACCAUAUGGUACUUAGCCAAUAAAGAUUCACACAGAGAGAUAGCAGACCAUUUCGAUGCCACUGUCAGUAGUAUCGCCAGGACUAAGGCCCGAGUCAUCAUCGCCAUAAUGGAAUUGUUGAAGGAGUUCAUCGUCUGGCCAACUAACACACAAUCUACCUUUUACGAUGCCAUCUAA